CAGUCUCAUUCGCAAGGACACGUCCUUGCAUGGAGCCAUACAAGAGUCCUCGACCGCACUUCUGGAGUUCUUACAAGUUGUGCUCACGACGAGUCCGUCUUCCGCUCAGGAUGUGCGCCGCAUGAUGGAAUCCCUUGCUCACAUACUGCGACCGUCCUUCCUAAAUCUGAUGUUCCAGUAUCGGCGCCUCUUUCACGCACUAGCUGUUCAAGAGCUCCAAACAGUCUCGGUCGUUCCUAUUGUUAUAUCCUGGGUAGACGCCGUCAUUGCAAAGCUCGGCGACAUAGUUUCGUGCGUUGCAAGUGCUACGUAUGAUCGCUGCCUCGACAAUGAUCUUCCUCAAGCUCUGAGGAAACGAAGAGAGGAAGAUAAUCUGCGUGCUGCGGCUCAGCUCCCAGAUAGGUGGGAUUCUAUCCCUUCGAUACUGAUAUCCGAGAAAGCUUCACCUGCCGCCAAGCGCUUAGCCCUUCGCCUACUGGUCUCGCGAUAUGUAUUGCAACCUCAGUUGGUUCUUCAUCCAAGGGUUGCUGAUGCACCAUCGGAAGACAGUAUGCUCUCGCUGCUUCCCUAUCUCACAGGCUUUAUGGAACAUACCGUGGUACAACUCUCAGAGUCCUCCCCACUACACGCGCAACACCAAUCUGUAUUUCAGGAGCGCAUGAAUUGCGCGAUGCUGCUCUCACUAUUCGCCCUCGUGGAUCUUACAACAAGACCCAAAGAUACAGAAACGGACGUUCCGUUUCGACCACACACGCUAGCGACAGUGAUGAAACUGCUGCGUUUUGUAAUGCUUGUCGAUAACACGCUCUCAGCGCAAACUGUCGUGUCGCCUUGCUCUGAUCUCGACGCCCCGCGAGUCGUUCUCGUCUUAUGGAGGCACUUCGUGCCUUGGACUUGGCGAUUACUAACAGAAUGCAAUGGGUCUGACUCAGAGACCAUCACUUUUCUGACGACCACAUGGCUUCACUACGCCUUCGACUCGGAUCCUCAGACUACUAUAUCUACAUUGACGACCUUUACUGGUGACGAACACGGCAAAUAUAUGAUCUGUGCAUAUCUUACCUGUCGGUUCUUCGUUCAUUGGAGCGAUUCAGAUUUGUUAGGCAUUCGCAAGUCUAGCGAUUGUUGCAGAUACCUCACUCUUCUUUUCGUUUAUCUUUCGUGUAUUGAAAACGGACACGAUGCUAGCGACUGCGUUACUCAUACCAUGGCUAGGAUGCAGCCCAGAAGCUUGAGGGACGGUUGGAAGCAGGCGAUACAGGAAGACUCGUCGAAAUUUCAUGAUGAGCUAGAGAAAAACAUGUCAAACACGCGGAUGCAACUGCUCGAGGACAAGCCUGACAAGAAUCAUAUUCGCCGAGCGAAACAAUUUCUCGAUUUUUUGACCAUCAAAUGCUUUUCAAAUGUCCAGAUCUCGAACCAGAAGUUGAUAAUCGAGUUCCUCGAGGCCACGGUGGAAUAUUUGCGCCGCGAAUCUGUAGAGGAGCGACCGUCAAGCUUCUCUACGAGUUUUCUCUCGUGUUUGACGGCAUUCCAGCGGGCUCAACCCGGAAUCAAGGUCUGCGAUGCUCCUUUGCUGUCCGAUCCCGAAAGCAUCUGGCAAAUCGCCAUGGAUAAUGCAACUCCUGAUUUAGCCCUGGCCUCUUCAUUUGCGUUGCAUAUAAUAUCCUCUCGCAGACUUCCCGAGCCACUUACCCAAGUAGAAGCCUGGGAUUUCCUACGAGAUGUUCUCCUGCUGAUCGGUUCAAACGAUUAUUUGGGUGAUGAAAGCCCCCUUGCACUUGUUGUCAAUCCGACAAUAUGUGAUGCUCUCUCGCACCUACUAAGGUAUGCAGACGAACAUACCGCGGUGGUGAUGCAGUCUUCUCCGUGGACGUCGCAUCUCCAAUCAAUGCUCCAGCGGAUUCAAAGUUCUGAUGAUUGUCCUGUUCUGGAAGACUACUCGUUAUGGCUGAAGAAGAGAAUUUCGAAGCCUGCGACAUAUUUAAUGAACCAGGUAGGGCCUUGGACCUGACACGGAAGUGAAGCUGAGCUACGAAGGUAGAUUACGCGAACGUCGGACUUAGGGCAGUCGCGUCAAUUUCAGGCUACACCGGCGAUUGAU